CUCCUGUGCGGCGUACCGCCCCUUAAUGCUGCAGCGUUUUCCCUGGGGUUUCUGACGCCAGCACAGCUAGCACUUUACACGUGGCGGGUAGGACGCUACUGAGCUAGGAAACCCAGCUUCGUGACAUUAUGGUACAUUCUUUCUAGAGGAGUGGAGGAGGAAAUGGGAAGCAGCUCGUAGUGCACGUAGCACAGUGUCAGGCACAUUUUAGGUGUUCAGAACGUGUCAGCCAGUGUCAAGUAUCUGCAAAACGUUGAAAGAGACCCGAACGCCCUGCGGCUCGUAGCUUCACAUCGGGAGUAACAACCCAUACCUCCCUCCUUGACUCCCGGGACAUUCCCAUGCCUACCACCCCUUUCCCUUGCGUGUGCUCGCGCAAUCCGUCUGCUUCGCUUCUUAUCCUGUUUGACGCUUGCUGCGCGCCGUCGAGAACUCCGUGCGUUGCCACAGAGACCCGUGAGCGCCGAGAGGGGAGCGGUGGAGAUCAGACGAGACUCCGGGCUAGUGGGGACUACAGCGCCAUGUCUUUCCGCGACCUCCGCAUGUCAUUUUCUGAAUCAGAAGCAGUUCAGCUAACUGGCUCCACCUGCAUAGAUGUAGCAGAUUUUACAGAGAUGAUGAGAGCCUUGGGUUACCCUCGACAUAUUUCUAUGGAAAAUUUCCGCACACCAAAUUUUGGACUUGUGUCUGAAGUUCUUCUCUGGCUUGUGAAAAGGUAUGAGCCUCAGACUGAUAUCCCUUCUGAGGUUGAGACGGAACAAGACCGGGUUUUCUUCAUCAAGGCAGUUGCCCAGUUCAUGGCCACCAAGGCACAUAUAAAACUCAAUACUAAGAAACUGUAUCAAGCAGAUGGGUAUGCAGUGAAAGAACUAUUGAAGAUUACUUCUGUCCUUUAUAAUGCUAUGAAGACCAAAGGGAUGGAGGGCUCUAAAAUAGGAGAGGAGGAUAUCAGCAAAUUCAAGUUUGAUCUUGGUUCAAAGAUUGCCGAUUUGAAAGCAGCCAGGCAGCUUGCUUCUGAAAUCACCUCCAAAGGAGCAUCUCUGUAUGACUUGCUGGGCAAGGAGGUAGAGUUGAGGGAACUGAGAACAGAAGCAAUUGCCAGACCUCUGGAAAUAAACGAGACUGAAAAAGUGAUGAGAAUUGCAAUAAAAGAUAUUUUGGCACAGGUUCAGAAGACUAAAGACCUGCUGAAUAACGUGGCCUCUGACGAAGCUAAUUUAGAAGCCAAAAUUGAAAAGCGGAAAUUAGAACUGGAAAGAAACCGGAAGCGACUCCAGACUCUGCAGAGUGUCAGGCCAGCCUUUAUGGACGAAUAUGAGAAGAUUGAGGAAGAAUUGCAAAAGCAGUAUGACAUUUAUCUGGAAAAAUUUCGAAAUCUGGCUUAUCUGGAGCAACAGCUUGAGGAUCAUCACAGGAUGGAGCAAGAGAGGUUUGAGGAAGCUGAAAAUACUCUUCGUCUGAUGCAGAACAAGCUGAAGGAAGAAGAAAAGAGACUGCUCAAGAGUGGAAGUAAUAACGACUCGGACAUCGACAUCCAGGAUGACGAUGAAUCUGACAGUGAAUUGGAAGAGAGGCGGCUGUCCAAGCCUCGGACAGCCAUGGAGGUGCUCAUGCAAGGAAGACCUAACAAAAGCAUCGUGGGCACAAUGCAAGGUGGAGACUCUGAUGAUGAUGAAGACUCAGAGGACAGUGAAAUUGACAUGGAAGAUGAUGAAGAAGAUGAAGAUUUGGAAGACGAGAGCAUUGCUCUUUCCCCAGCUAAACCUACUCGAAGGGUCCGGAAACCUGAGCCCCUGGAAGAGAGUGACAAUGACUUCUGACCUUCUUAUAAGGGACCCAUGCAGAUUAAAACCCUCAGACUGGUAGGUAAAUGGCAAUGUAGAAGUUUAGGAAGGACACAUAUUUUGUUCUCCAGGCCAGUUGGACUGACUGUUAAUGAAGUAUUACCUAUUUUUGCUUUAGCCUACUAUUUUCAUGGAGUGUAACUCCAUGAAAUUUAAACAAUUUGUUUAAAUUAGGGUCAGAACAAACCUUAAAGAUUAUUUUUUGCCUUAUUUAUGUGCUAAAACUUGGGAAAUGCAUGUGUUCUUAGUGAGUCACACCCACAGGACAAAAACUCAAGGAGAAGUUUCUAUGUCAGUGAGGCAGACCUGGGACUGGGCAGCGCACAGGGACUCGUUUCAGGAGUAGUGGCAGACCAGUAAUCACUUGUACAGUUUAGAGGCUGUUAUUUUAGCCCCUAUUUCAUUUUAUAGUUUUAUUUUUCCUUCUGCAUGCUUACAAUACCAAGCUUUAAAUUUUACUAAAAUUUUCUGAAUGAAAGUUAGCUAAAUAAGAUGAAAACCAAGUUUUCUUGAUAAUCAGGCAACAGAAAAAUGCUCCUGGUUACAAAGUCUCCAUUUUCUCUCAGAAGGCUAACAUUCCUCCUUAGGAAAGCAAAUUAAGGAAAAACUGUUAGUACAGAUUUGUGUUUCUAACUUAAAAAAUAAACCAGAAUUGAAUUAUGUGGAGAACACUAGAAUUUCCCUACUAUGAAAAGAAAAGUUAUAGGUGGCAUUGUGUUUUUUGUUUUUGUUUGUUUUUUGGAAAGCACAGAACAGUUUUUAUUUGUUUUUCUUUUUUUUACAUUAAAAAAAUAGUCUUUAUUAUAUUUUUCCAUUACCAUUUAGUCCCCUUAUACUCCUCUCCCCUCAGCAGUCACCACACUGUUGUCCAUGCCCACGUCCUUCAUUCGUUUUUCAGUUAUAAAGUCAGAAGACUUCUGAAGUGACUUUUCUUAAUAAAUGUAUUUAAUAGCAUAUUUUUACAUUAUUAAAUGUUUUACUUGAAAA